GUUAGUGCUGCUGGCUUCACGUAGGUGAAAAUGAAUCUGACAACAACACUAUCGCGUGUCAAAUUAGUUAGCUAGAUACUUGGUUGAAAAGUAAUGACUGUGUAACACUGGCAGAUAAUAUUAUCUAGACAAAUUACAAUCAAAACACCGUUAGCUUGUCUCAUCUGCGUAGACUGUGGCUGCUUGCAAGUAGCUAGCAAGAGCACCGACAGAGCAAGUACGCUGUACUACGCUCGAAUCAACUCAACAACAGCGCCGUGGAGGACUAGCUCGCUAGCUACUGUUUCCUCCAGCGAAGUGGCUCCGAUGGCGAAAAACACUCUUUCGUCGCGAUUCAGGAAACUCGACAUAGAUGAAUUUGAUGAGAACAAAUUCGUGGAUGAUCACGAUGAGGCUGUCGAUAAUCAAGGACCGGACGCCGCGGAGAUAGACAACCUCAUCAGGCAAGGAGACAUGAUGACAGCUUUUCACAUUGCUCUCCGGAACCCUCCUGUCAACUCUAAGAAUCCAGCAAUAAAGGAAAGGGCUCUGGCAAUAGUGCUGAGAGUGUUGACGUCAUUCAAGUCCGGCGAUAUUGAGCCAGCCGUCAAGUCGCUUGACAGAAGUGGGGUGGACCUGCUUAUGAAGUACAUAUAUAGAGGCUUCGAGAAGCCCUCUGACAAUAGCAGUGCCAUUCUCCUACAGUGGCAUGAAAAGGCUUUCGCAGUUGGGGGCUUAGGGUCAAUCGUUCGAGUUCUGACGGCCCGAAAGACAGUUUGAGGGGAUGUGCUUUAUCAUCACGUGGAGCAUCUCCCGCAUGACCACUGGCAAGAGGAGUGACUGCCUUCUGUAUAAGGGAUAGUAGCUUAUAAUUACAAUACAUUUCUUCCUGAAGAUAAAAACCCUUACACUACAUAAGUUAAAGACAAAAAAAAAAACAGACAAAAAAAGGAAACAUUAUUUUCUGUUAGAAAAUAUUUAGCUGUAACUAAAGGAAAUUAUAUGUAUAGGAUUAUCAUUUGUACCCAAUCACAAGUUUGUCAUUCUUUCACCAUUGCAUUUCUGUUCUAAUACUAUUCAUAAGCAUCAGCAUUUGUUUCUUUGAGGGUGGGGGAAGGAAAAGACAGAUACACCAAUAACGAGACAUGAACAUGGCAGGUAAAAGGGUGUGCAUCAAGUGUUACUUGGUACCAACUGUACCUUUAUACCAGUGUGUGUGUUGUGUGACACAUUGAGUGUGCUUGCGAGUGUAUGUCCUUUGGCUCACAGUGUUGAAUAUUUAGAUUUAAGUUUGUCUCAUUGUCAUUUUUGUACAGACAAAGUACAUUUAAUAUAAAGAGAUUGAGAUUCAUUGAAUUCAAUUAAUUGGUGGGUGGGGGAUAUUGAAUAAUGGGGUAUUUCAUUGUAAAGUGCCUGCUGCAAUAAAACUCAUGGAUCAUCUUAA